AUGGCAAGAGCCAACAACAAAUACACAUCCAUUAACUAUAACCACAUCCUCCACAAAGACCAUCAUCCUUCUCCUCCUUCUUAUUCCUCCGUCGCUCGUUCCAAUGGCCGUAUGCUCGUCCUUACCAAAACUUCACCGAAACCCCUGAAAUCUCACGCUCCCGCCGUAAGCACCAUCACAACCGUCACACCUACGCUCUCUCCAGCUCCCAACACACCGGAUCAACCCCACUCUGAUCCAGAUCCGAAUCAGAUCUCUCUUCGUCCUCUAGGUCAUACAGGACCUGGUUCCUCGCUUUCGUUUCCAGUUCGAACACAGGAAUCCGGCAAGGAUGUGGCUGCUCCGGCUCCGAUUUCCGUUUCCCCGAAACCAGACCGGUUCGUGCCUCCGCAUCUUAGGCCAGGGUUUGUCCGGAAAGAUGAGAAACCUGGACUCGACUCUUCCCGGAUGAGAGAUCCGAUUUCAAAUCCGAAUCCGAGUCAGAGAUUCCCUCACCAGGAACAACAACAGCGGCAGGGGUAUUUCGGGUAUGGACAAACCGGUCGACCCAGAUCAGGCGGGUAUGAGAGGAUCCGGUCCGAUCCAGACCACUUCGGUCGACCAAGAUCGAGCGGAAACCGACCUGGCACCUCCGGAUGGUACGUUAAUAACUCUCGCCUCACCUUUUAG